AUGAUCUCGCCAGUUACCAGAAGACUUUUGAGAGACUGGAAACGACUUUGGCAUCAAGGACAUGGCAAGUACAACGUUCGACCUCAAGAUUCGAAUCUACAUCUCUGGAACUUCGUGUUAACAUCUGAGGUAGUGGAGAUCUAUGGCGUGUAUUUUUUUGGCGGCUCAGAUACCGAACCGAUGAUUGUGAUGCGAUGUUUUACGCCCAAUGGAUGCUUUCCAGCAAACAAGAACGUAAAUCUGACGCACUUGGCCCCCAUAUUGCUAAGUCAAGGUCUUCCUGGUUUUCUGGAUCAUAUUUAUUGGAUGCUGAAUCAUACUGCAAAUUUGGGAGACCUCAGGUACAUGCUUUCCUGGAAUAGAGUUAUGAUCAAAGACUUCAAAGUGCAUUUCCCUGAGUUACAUGCCAGCUUUAUUCUCCAGCCAGAAGAUAUAGCUCUAGUGGAGCAAUGGAAUGAAUCGAACACUAAUAACAGACGAGAAGUUUCAAAAAUCCCAAAUUUUAAGAUCAAGGAUUUAUCGCCCUUGAGUAAUACCAUAGCAUGCGAUAAUGAUGACCAAGGAAAAGACACUAAAAGACGGAAAGCGGGAAACGGUGGAAUGUUGGCAACUCAUAAUGACACUGAUUACAACGACCAUACCGAAUUGCAUAGAAAGAGAAGAAAAUAG